GACACGUGUCCCACGGCGUGAUCUCACCGUUUUCAUCGCGUCGUCAUCGACUGGUCGACCCGAAAGACGAAAGGAAGCUAAACCCUCGCCGCCGCCGCCGCCAUGGCUGACGAGCUCGACGAACUCAUCGACUUCCUCGCCGACCGCAACCCCCAGGUGCGGGGCGCGGCUGUGGACAUCGUGCGGGGGCUGACCGGCGGGGAGGACGGCCUGCGCGCCCUCACAGCGCGGGCCGACCGCGCUCUGCCGGCGCUGCUCCGGCUGCUGGCCUCCGCGGGCGGCAGUGGCGCGGGCGAGGCCGCGGCGGACUCGCUCGUCAACCUCAGUCAGGACGCCGGCCUCGCCGCGCGCCUCGUCGCGCUAGGAGGCGUCGCGGCCGCCAUGGACGUGAUGUCCAAGCGCGGCGGCGAGCAGCCGGGCCUCGCGCGCAGCCUCGUCAUGCUGCUCGUCAACCUCACCCACGUCGAGUCCGGCGUCGCUGCGCUCCUCCAGGUUGGGGAUGAAAAGAUGCAAGGGUUGUAUGUUGUGAAGCUUGUGCGAUCAUUCUGUAGGUCGUCCAGUGAAUCUGAAGAACAAGAUACUUUUGAACAUGUUGCCUCCAUACUUGUCAACAUAUCUAAGGUUGAAGCUGGAAGGAGAAUAUUGAUGGAACCUAAGAGGAGUCUUUUGAAGCAGAUUAUUCGACAAUUUGAUUCAACAAACAAACUUAGAAAGAAAGGGGUUGCUGGCACUAUCCGCAACUGUUGCUUUGAGGCUGAUACCCAACUACAAAGUUUGCUUUCUUUAGCAGAAUAUCUUUGGCCAGCUCUAAUUUUGCCUGUAGCUGGAAAGAAGAUCUAUAGUGAAGAAGACAGAUCGAAAAUGCCUCUUGAACUUGCAAGUGUGCUCUCUCAUGAACGUGAAGCUGUUGAGGACUCGGAAAUUCGCCAACAGGCACUGGAGGCUAUUUAUAUGAUCGUAUUGCAGGAUGAUGGACGAAGAUCCUUUUGGUCGGUUAAUGGUCCACGGAUUCUGCAGGUUGGUUAUGAAGACGAAGAGGACCCAAAAGUGAUGGAAGCAUAUGAAUUAAUUGGUUCCCUGCUUGUUGGGAAGGGUGAAGUUGAACAGGAACAAGGAGAAGAGAAGCCUCAAUGACCCCACCCCGAAAAGAAACUGCGGUUGUAUUUUCAGUUAUUUAGAAAGCCAGCCCUCUGCCAUGUAGAAUACUACAAUAUUCUGACACUUGUUGCAACUGCAAAAGCUACACAGUGUUGCUUCUGUAACUGGCGCAUGUAUCUGUAUGAUGGAUAUGAAAAUUUUUGCGUUAUUGCUGUUUCUUUCA